AUGACAAAUUCAAAGGGAUAUCGUCGAGGAACAAGGGAUUUAUUUUCCCGAAAAUUCCGUAAACAUGGAACAAUUCCAUUAUCUACAUAUAUGAAAGUAUAUAAAGUAGGCGAUAUAGUUGAUAUUAAAGGUAAUGGAGCAGUGCAAAAAGGAAUGCCUUAUAAAGUUUAUCAUGGAAAAACUGGACGUGUAUUUAAUGUAACUCCCCAUGCUCUUGGUGUCAUUGUUAAUAAAAGAGUACGUGGACGAAUUAUUGCUAAAAGAAUAAAUGUUCGUAUUGAGCAUUUAACUCAUUCUAAAUGUAGAGAAGAUUUUUUGAAACGAGUAAAAGAAAAUGAAAGACUCAGAAAAGAAGCAAAGGAAAAAAACAUUAAAGUACAAUUGAAAAGACAGCCUGCUGAACCAAUGCCUGCACACAUUGUAUCAGGACGUGAAAAUCCUAUUUCACUUGCACCUAUACCUUAUGAAUUUAUUGCUUAAAAUUUAAAUAAAAAUGUUCUGAAAAAAUUAAUGUUAUUUUUUAAAAGCAUACCGCACAUUUUCUAUAUGUUUUGAAUAUAAUUUUGAAAAUAUAAUAAAAAUAUUCUAUAUUAUAUAUAAAA